GAAAUACAAGGUGAUGGUACUGUAACAACAGUGAAUACAACCUCAACUAAAGAAAAAGAAAGGAAACAGAAGAAGAAGAUUACUAUAGUAAACAUCAACGAUCUUGAUUCGAAUAAAGUACUAACACGUAUCGCAUCGCUUGAAGAAAUUGAACCUGAGUACAUCAGCUACCUUGCUACGUACUUCCACGAUACAAAUGCUAAGAUAAAUAAUCUUGAGUAUGCACUUCAAGAACUUGAGAAAAGAGAAACAGACUAUAAGAGGAAGAUCGACCAACUUCAACAGUCUUGGGCAGUCGCUGACAGACAAAAUGCUGAUCAUGUACGCGUCAUAUCGGAAUUAACAUCAAAGGUUCAAGCUCAUACAAUAGCUGAGGCAACAUUUAAGCAACAAAUUUCUCAACUGAACGAAAUGCGUCUUGAGAACGACACUCUCAAAAGUGCUCUCUCAAAAUCUGCCGCGGAUGCAGCAGUUGCUGUGAAGGCUAUGGCGAAUUUGGAAUUAAUGAAGGCUAAUAAUGCGGAAGUAACUGAGCGCUUGACAAAAAUGACCAGGUCACUCAAUGAGAGUGUUGAGGAAAACACACUGUUAAAGAGACAGAUUGCAGGAUUCACAGAGUUCAUUAGUAGGGAUCUUGUUAUGAUUGAUGUGAAACAACUCUGCUUGCCUGGGUUGGCCUUUACGGCUUGUGAAGAGAAGCAUGUAGAACGCUGCACGCUUAGAAUGGAUGGUCGCGUUGUGGCUAUCUGUUGA